AUAUCUACAUUCUUGAUUAAGCUUGAGCAAGUAGAGUGUAACUAUAUUUUGGAUUUAGUGAAUAAGUUCUCUGGAAAACUACAAAUUUUAAUUUUUUUUAAAGCAUUUAUUAUAUAAGAACUAUAACAUGUUUUCAAAAUAAAUAAUUUUAACUAGAACCCCUAGGACAUUUGCAAGCAAAACUCAUAUUUUUUAUGAAUACAUUCAAUGCACUUAUUAAAUGUGGUUCGGAAAUAUAUAUAAAGUUAGAAUAGAAUGGUUUUUUUUUUUUUAAUUUUAAAUACAACUUUACUGCAUAAAAUCUUGAUUCAGCUGGAACUUACUACCAAUGGUAUCUCACUAUUCCCCACCAUGAUGAUGUCAGAUGAGAUAAUAUUCUCAUUCACUUUACUAAUUGCUUUAACUCAUCCAAGUCAAUCUUAAACUACACCACUCUAGGGAGAUAACAUUCUCACUAAUUGCUUGGUUUUCCUUUCUAGCAAGAACAAGGCAGCUUAUUAUGUUCUUCUUGUAAGUUAACUAGUUGUGUUGACCUUGUUACCUUGUCUCUAUGAGUGUCAUCACACUCCUCUUGUUGAUUCUUUGCUUCUUUGCCUUAUUAUUACCUUCUGCUUCUGCUCUUGUCUCUGAUGGGAUAACUCUGCUGUCAUUGUUGUCACACUGGACCUUUGUUCCUCCCAUUAUCAACUCCACCUGGAAUCCAUCUGAUUCCAUUCCAUGCUCAUGGGUUGGAGUCCAGUGUAACCAUGAGCACAAUGUGCUCUCCCUUAACCUCACUAACCAUGGGAUUCUUGGUCAACUUGGACCCAAGAUAAGACAAUUGCAACACUUGCAGGCUCUUGUGUUGGCCAAUAAUGGUUUCUCAGGAAAGGUACCUUCAGAGCUAAGUAAUUGUAGUUUGCUUCAGCUCUUAGACCUUUCUAAUAACAGCUUUAGCGGACAGAUACCAUAUAGCUUCAAGAAGUUGCAAAAUCUGCAGUAUAUGAGCUUGUCAUUCAAUCUGUUGAGUGGUGAGAUUCCAGAUUCCUUGUUUCAGAUUCCUCAACUGCAAGAAGUGAACCUUCACUCUAACCAUCUCAGUGGUCCUAUCCCAACCAGCAUAGGCAACUUGACUGAGCUGUUGAGGUUGGAUCUACAUGGUAAUAAGUUAACAGGUACUAUUCCUUCAUCCAUUGGUAAUUGCAUGAAAUUAGAGGAUUUGGUUUUGAAUGAGAACAAACUCGAAGGAGAACUACCAUUGGUGAUGGUUAAUCUCAAGCAUCUGAAAAAUAUCUCACUGUUUGACAAUCAGUUAUCUGGAUUCAUACCUCAAAGCUUGGGAAUCAAUAGCAGCCUAGUGAAGCUGGACCUUACAAUGAAUGAUUUCACUGGUAAUAUCCCCCCCAAUCUCUGCCUUGGAAAACAAUUACGUGUGCUGAACAUGGGAUCUAAUAAACUUCAAGGUAGCAUACCUUCUGAGGUAGGAAGAUGUGAAACUCUAAGCAUGUUAAUUCUCAGUGACAACCAUUUAACCGGCUCUCUUCCGGAGUUCGCGAGUAACCUGAACCUCAAGAUUAUGGACAUGAGCAGGAACAGAAUUGGUGGAACUAUACCAUCAAGUUUGGAGAAGUGCACUAAUCUUAUAGAAAUAAAUUUGUCAAUGAACAAAUUUACUGGCCUCAUACCAUCACAGCUUGGAAAGCUUCUGAAUAUUGAGGUUUUGAAUCUUGCACAUAACAGCUUGGAAGGUGCUUUGCCAAAUCAGCUGUCAAAUUGUACUAAAAUGGAUAGUUUUGAUGUUGGAUUCAAUUCCCUCAAUGGAUCAUUCCCAUCAAGUUUGCGGAGUUGGACGGGUUUAACAACAUUGAUUUUAAGAGAGAAUCGUUUUACAGGGGGUAUCCCAACUUUUCUUUCAGAAUUUAACAAGCUCCAUGAUUUACAGCUUGGUGGAAAUUUGUUUGGAGGAAAAAUUCCUCCAUCAUUAGGAAAGUUGAAGAAUCUGAUCGAUGGAUUGAAUCUGAGUGCUAAUGGAUUGACAGGUGAAAUUCCCUUUGAAAUUGGGAAGCUAAAUGUACUGUCUAGUCUGGAUUUAUCCUCAAACAAUUUGACAGGAAGCAUGGAUGUUCUUGGUGAACUUUCGUUGAACAACUUGAAUGUUUCAUACAAUUUCUUGCAUGGUCCUGUACCAGAAACUCUGAUGAAUUUCUUAAAUUCCUCGCCGUCUUCAUUCUUGGGCAAUCCCUAUCUCUGUGUCAGUUUUUCAGCUUCUCAUAGCUCAAAUCGCACCAAAGCUAGUUACUUGAAGCCAUGUGUCUACAAAUCAAAUUAUCAUUUAGGUAUCAGUAUAAGUGCAAUAGUGAUGAUAGAACUUGGUUCCACAAUAUUGGUUUCUGGCAUACUGAUAGCACUAGUUGUUCGCCGGCUAAAUGCCUCUGAUUCAAUGCUUUCACAUGUUGAAAAUAAAAAGGAAGAUAUUAACUUGGGUUUACCCUUUUAUGGUGGCAUGGUGAAGGAUGAUAUUAUCAAAGUAGAUGAUGGUUGUAUUGUUGGCAGAGGAGCCCAUGCAAUAGUUUAUAAAGUCCAGCAUAAUGGUCUAGCUCUUGCUGUAAAGAAAAUUGUAUUUAGAGGACAGGACAACAAGCGCUUAGAAAUCAUGAAAAGAGAAGUCGAAACCCUCUAUAUGAUUAAGCACAUAAAUUUGGUAAGUAUCCUGGGGUACAGCGUGGCUAAGGACUAUGGUUUAAUAUUUACUCGCUACAUGGAAAAGGGAAGCCUUCAUGAUAUUUUGCAUAGGAACAUUCCAUCACCAGCCUGGAAUGUUCGGCUUAAGAUAGCUCAUGGAAUUGCACAGGGACUAAAAUACCUGCAUUAUGAUUGCGAUCCGCCGAUAGUGCACCGAGACAUCAAACCACAGAAUAUACUCCUUGAUGCUGAGAUGGAGCCUCAUAUUUCAGAUUUUGGUACUGCCAACAUCAGGAACCUAGCUGAGGAUUCUUAUACUCAUUCUGAUUUCCCUUGGCAAAAGCUUUCAGCACGUAUAGCUGGUACUGCUGGCUAUAUGGCACCAGAGUGUGCAUAUGCAACAGAGCCAAGCAGAACUUUUGACGUAUAUAGCUAUGGAGUAGUGUUGCUUGAGCUAAUAACCAGAAAAAGAGUGUUAGUUGAUGGCAAUGAACAUAUAGUGAGUUGGGUUAGAUCUGUCUGGGAUGAUGAAACAAACAAAAUUGACAAGAUUGUUGAUUCAUACCUUGCAGCUUCAUUUCCCAAUUCAGCAGUGUUGGAAAAGCAAGUAACCGCGUUGCUUUCGUUGGCAUUGAGAUGCACAGAGAGAGAUCAACGCAAUCGACCAAUGAUGAUAGAAGUGGUCAACUUCUACAGAAAAAGCAUAUUCAAGUUGAGGUGUGAUCAUAUGGCUAAUGAUAAUAAUGAUGGUGCUGAAGUUGCUGUAGGUGUAGCACCACAACCACCAUUCAAUAAUGAACCAGAUAUCAGUACUAAUCCAGUUUCCAACACUCAGGGUCAGGGAGACUCCUAUGUGCAUGAAGAAAGUAAUGAACCACAAGAUGUCUAUGCUUUAGAUGAUUUGAGGCUUGUGUCUACACCUAAAAUUGGUGUUGAUGGACUCAUAAUUAAAGUAAUAGGCAAUGGUAAGUUACGUGUUGAACAAGUUGCAGUGAAAACUGGACCGGUUGUUCCUAAAGUGACCUACACUUGGCCUUAUUUGAAGUUCCUUCCAACUGUGACUGGACCAGUAGUUACAAUACCUUUCAACUGGUUUUUCCUCUCUUCUUGGGCUCAAUAUAUGUACCAAAAGAGUUCCUUGAAAUUACACCUCAAUUUCUUCUUUAUAGCACCUAUCAAGGACUCUUCUACUUGUUGUGUAAACCCUGAAGAAUAAAUAUUAGGUGGAUACUCCCACGAUGACAUCUUCACAUGAGAUAGCAUUGCAGACUAUUAGAUAAAUUGAUAUGUUUGACUAAUCAUCUAAGGGUUCACAAUGUCAUCUUCAUAUAAAGAUGUCAUCAUGUGAGUAUUUCCCUAAAUAUUAUGUAGCUUUUUAUUGUUGGAACAUGUAAAAAUAUACAGCUUUUAAAAUUACACCUCAAUUUCUCCCUUAUAUUUUGCUUGACAUAUAGGCUAUGCCAACUAGAGCAUUCUAGUGUGUAUUUUUCUCUAUGUUCACUUGGUGUGAUUGUCAUGGAUUUUGUGUUGGAACAUGCAAAGCUU